AUGCUGUUGAAACUCCUUCAACUCCUGCUUUGGACCCAAGGCGUGCUCGCGUGGUCCCGGAGCCCGCGAGGUCCGCCUGACUAUGUGCUUGUGGCCACGGCGAAGAACAUCACGAUCAACUGCGAGACUAGAUAUUCGGUUGUGUUCAAUGGCACCACGCCAGGCCCUGCGUUGUAUAUGAAGGAGAACCACACCACUUGGGUUAGAGUGUACAACAAGAUCCCAGACCAGAACCUCACCGCACACUGGCAUGGCUUGAGUCAGCGAACAUCGCCCUUUUCAGAUGGGACACCUGCAGUCUCACAAUGGCCCAUUGCUCCGGGCGAAUUCUUCGAUCACGCGAUUACUCCCGAGAUUGGUGAUGCCGGGACGUACUUCUACCACUCUCAUGUGGGGUUUCAGGCCAGCACUGCCCAGGGGGUGAUUGUGGUCCAAGACUUGGAAGCCAUCCCAUAUGAGUAUGAUCAGGACGUGCCGUUGCUCAUCCAAGACUAUUUCGACAAAAAUGAUAGCACGAUCCAGCAGGGCCUUGUCGCCAACCCCUUCAGGUGGUCGGGUGAACCAUAUUCGAUCCAGAUCAACGGUUUCAGCGGUAACUCAUCAUUCAGCAACGCAAGUGACGCAUCAUGCACCCCAUUUGUCCUCAACGUGACAACAGAUACAACAUACAGACUACGUUUUAUCAGCAACACAGCCCUUUCCUUGGUCACCUUAGGUGUUGAAGACCACGAUAACCUGACCAUUAUCGAGGCAGAUGGCCAAUAUACGAUGCCCUGGACGACUGAUCAUGUCCAGCUUGGGAGCGGUCAACGUUUCAGCGUCCUGCUCAAAACAAAGAGCCGGCCUGAACUGCAGAAAUCUAAUCAGACCAGCUAUUGGAUUCGCUACGAGAACCGGGACAGACCUACUAAUGUUUCCGGUUAUGCGUUGCUACAGUAUAACAUUUCCGGAUCAGAUCGACCGGACCAACUGCCUGCGAGUCCUCCCUUGACGCUGCCUCGCGACGUGAUAAAUUGGGCGGAAUACGCUCUCGAAGCAUUGCGGCCAGCCGAAGUGUUUCCUAGACUGUCUGAGGUGACUCGCACCAUCUAUAUCACCAUGCGGCAAGUGAUUCGAGUGGGGUCCUACACUAAUGGCACAAUCAAUGGCACGCUGCAAUGGGAACAAGACAAUCUUAUCUGGCAAACCGAACAGCGAGAAAGCAACAACAGCUUACCGUACCUUGUCCAAGUAUAUCUGACUAGCCAAACGCCGAAUUACUCUGCUGCUCUGGAGAAUGGAGGAUGGGAUCCUUACAGCAACGCAUUCCCAGCUCUGCCCGGCGAGGUGCUCGAUAUCGUCUGGCUCAGUAACUCUGGGCCAACCGGCGGAUGGGAUUUUCAUCCCCUCCACGCUCAUGGAAAGCAUUACUUCGAUCUGGGCAGUGGGAAUGGAACCUACAGUGCCACCACAAACGAGGCGAAAUUCCAGCACUAUACUCCUGCCCGUCGCGAUACGACGAUACUGUACCGGUAUGCGGUCUCCGGUCAGCCUGAACAGACAGCCGGUUGGCGGGCGUGGCGGAUUCGAGUGACUGAGGAUGACGUUGGGGCGUGGAUGAUGCACUGUCAUGUCUUGCAGCAUAUGACUAUGGGAAUGCAAACGGUUUGGGUCUUUGGGAAUGCAAGCUCGAUACUCGCCAAGUUCCCAUCUCCACCGUAUGUGGAUGGGUACUUGGAAUUUGGCGGCGAUGCAUACGGUAAUGACACUUACGAUCCGCUUGUAGAUUGGCUGUCUGCCAGCUCUGAGAAAUAG